AUGGCGCAACAACAGCAGCUGGCCUUAGAGGCCCUUGAUACUAUUACUAGAGAAUUAAAAUCAAGGGCUGGAGAUGAAGUAAGAAAGCGGGCGGCUGCUCAACUACGAGAUUUAGUCGCUGUUUGCUUCAGAGACUUCCAGUCAGAACAAUUCCAUAUAUUCUAUAAUUCCGUUAAUAAUAAGAUAACAACCUUGAUGCUUCAUGGCAACGAUUCCUCUGAACGUCUGGGUGGUGUUUAUGCCCUUGACGCGCUAGUCGACUUCGAAGGCGUCGACGUCACUGCCAAAUACACCCGAUUCACAGCGAACCUCAAGACUAUCCUUAGAGGAAAGGAUAUCGUACCUAUGCAACCUGCAGCCAUCGCUCUCGGAAAGCUCUGUCGACCUGGUGGAUCACUGAUAUCUGAGUUGGUCGAAUCUGAGGUCAAGACGGCUCUUGAAUGGCUCCAAUCGGACAGGGUGGAGGAAAAGAGAUAUAGUGCUGUCUUGGUCCUCCGCGAGCUGGCCCGAAAUGCGCCCACCUUAAUGUACACCUACGUUGGCCUCAUCUUCGACUUAAUAUGGGUAGGUCUUCGUGACCAGCGCCAACUAAUCCGCGCGACAUCUGCAGAGACGGUUAGUGCCUGUUUCCACAUUAUUCGAGAGCGAGACCAGGAGAUGAAGCAGGCGUGGAUGACCAAGAUGUACAAUGAAACCAUCACCGGCCUCAGGACAAACACUGUUGAAUACGUCCAUGCGUCCCUCCUAGUUCUCAAGGAGCUCCUUGAGCAGGGAGGCAUGUAUAUGCAGGAGCACUAUCAGGAGGCGUGCGAGAUCGUCUUCCGUAACAAAGAUCAUCGUGACGUAACUAUCCGUAAGACGGUAGUCCUACUCAUCCCAGACUUGGCCAAUUAUUCCCCUGCCGAUUUUGCCCAUACCUAUCUUCACAAGUUCAUGCUAUAUCUAUCCGGCAUGCUUAAGAAAGAUAAGGAGCGGAAUGACGCUUUCUUGGCUAUUGGAAAUAUUGCCAACUCGGUGAAGAGCGCCAUCGCUCCGUAUCUUGACAGUGUUCUUAUUUAUGUCCGAGAUGGCCUCAGCAUUCAAUCUAGAAAACGGGGGUCUGUUGAUCCCGUUUUCGAUUGUAUUAGCAGACUCGCCGUUGCGGUCGGCCAGACUCUUAGCAAAUAUAUGGAAGCGCUUCUAGAUCCUAUAUUUGCGUGUGAGCUUACUCCGAAACUCACGCAGGCCUUGGUUGAUAUGGCAUUUUAUAUACCGCCUGUGAAAGCUACCAUCCAGGAGAGGCUCCUUGAUAUGUUAAGUAAAGUCUUGUGUGGAGAACCCUUUAAACCCCUUGGAGCUCCUACUCCGAAUACGCUUUCGUCCGUUCCUAUCAUACCUAAAGAUGCGAAGGACCCGCAAGCUUACGAACACCGGAAGGCUGAGGUGAAGCUGGCUUUGAAUACGUUAGGAAGCUUUGACUUCUCAGGUCACAUUUUAAAUGAAUUCGUCCGCGACGUUGCCAUCAAAUACGUCGAAGAUGACGAUCCUGAGAUCCGCGAAGCAGCCGCCCUCACUUGCUGCCAACUCUAUGUUCGAGAUCCCAUCGUGAAUCAGACAAGCUACCACGCACUGCAGGUUGUCGGCGAUGUUAUUGAGAAGCUACUAACUGUAGGUGUAUCCGAUCCGGAACCGAAUAUACGGCGGACUGUGCUUGCGGCCCUCGACGAGCGGUUUGACCCCCACCUAGCAAAAGCUGAAAACAUCCGGACGUUAUUCUUCGCGCUCAAUGAUGAAGUGUUCGAAAUCAGGGAAGUAGCAAUCUCAAUCAUAGGGCGGCUGGCACGACAUAAUCCAGCCUAUGUGAUCCCUUCUCUGCGGAAGACACUGAUACAGAUGCUUACCGAGCUCGAGUUUUCGGAUGCCCCACGCAACAAGGAGGAAAGCGCAAAACUCCUCAGCCACUUGGUGCAGAACGCCCAAGGAUUAAUCAAGCCGUAUGUCGAGCCCAUGAUUUCGGUACUCCUCCCGAAGGCUAGCGACUCGAAUCAUGCCGUUGCAGCCACUAUUCUCAAGGCAAUCGGCGAACUUGCGACGGUAGGGGGAGAAGAUAUGCUUCCCUAUAAGGAUAAGCUUAUGCCGAUCAUUAUCGCUGCGUUGAAGGACCACGCCUCUAAUGUUAAGCGAGAAGCUGCCUUGCAUACUCUUGGUCAGCUUGCCAGUAAUUCUGGCUACGUUAUUGACCCUUAUCUCGAGUAUCCCGAGCUCCUGGACCUACUUCAACACAUCAUUCGCGCCGAACCCCAGCGAGGGCCUCUACGACAGGGGACGAUUAAACUGAUGGGAAUUUUAGGCGCGUUGGAUCCUUACAGAUAUCAGGUACAGAAUCCCCAAGAUGACCAUACCUGGCGACGUGUCCAUGGAUUAAAAAAACACGCGGGUGAGGCUGGAAGUCCGCUCACCCUGGACCAGGACCCCGUUGCUGAAGUGAAGCAUCAGGGAAUUUCCAUAAACCCCCUUAACAGAACCCCAAAGCAUUCCCGGGGAAAAUCACAUUUGUAUAAACAGAAAGCUAACCAAAACAAUGAACAGCAAGUAGAAGAGCGUGCUCCCGAUGCCAAACGGCGCGUCGAGACCAAUAGGAUGACCGAUAUCUCGCUCAUGAUGACAGGGUUAACACCCUCUAAUAAGGAGUAUUAUCCUACUGUCGUAAUCAACGCUCUACUAAACAUCCUAAAAGACAAUUCGCUCGCCCCGCACCAUGCCGCGGUUAUCGAAGCCAUCAUGAAUAUCUUUCGCACGCUCGGGCUAGAGUGUGUCCAAUUCCUGGACCGCAUCAUUCCGGCAUUUUUAGAAGUUAUCAAAGACUGCCCACAGAAUCGUCUCGAAUCAUAUUUCAACCAGUUAGCCACGCUAGUUAGUAUCGUACGACAGCAUAUCAGGAAUUACCUACCACAGAUUAUCGACACGCUCCAUAAUUACUGGGAUACGUCGCCCUCACUCCAAGCUACAAUAUUAUCACUCGUUGAGGCCAUUUCGAGGUCAUUGGAGGGAGAGUUCAAGAUCUAUCUCGCAGGCCUCCUCCCUGCGAUGCUUGGCGUACUAGAGAAGGAUGCGACUACUAAGCGAAUUCCUUCUGAGAAAGUCCUGCAUGCUUUCCUAGUGUUUGGCUCCAGCAGCGAAGAAUAUAUGCAUUUAAUCAUCCCCGUAGUCGUGCGGACGUUCGAGAAGCAGGGCCAGCCAACAUUCUUGAGGAAGUCGGCUAUCGAGACUAUUGGCAAGAUCUCUCGCCAGGUCAACCUGAACGACUACGCCGCCAAAAUCAUCCAUCCACUGACUAGAAUUCUUGCUAGUGGAGAAUCUUCCCUACGCGUAGCAGCGCUAGAUACUCUUUGUGCAUUGAUUCAACAGCUCGGGCGGGAUUACCUGCACUUCAUGGGCACCGUCAACAAAGUUCUGCAGGCCAGCCAGAUCCAACAUCAAAAUUACGAGCUUCUCGUCAGCAAGCUACAGAAAGGAGAAGCCCUGCCGCAAGAUUUGAGUUCGGAGACGCGGUUCAUUGACCAGUUAGACGAGCCAUCUUUUGCCGACCUUGGCAAUAAGAAACUCGAGAUGAAUGCGAUUCACUUGAAGGCCGCUUGGGAUACCAAAGGCAAGUCUACUAAGGAAGACUGGCAAGAAUGGCUCCGACGCUUCAGCACAACUCUUCUUACGGAGUCGCCAAAUCAUGCCCUGCGUGCAUGUGCUAUUUUGGGUAGUGUGCAUCUUCCCCUUGCUCGUGAGUUGUUUAAUUCGGCUUUCGUCUCAUGUUGGAGCGAGCUCUACGAGCAGUUCCAGGACGAGCUUAUUCAGAACAUCGAAAAUGCCAUACGAUCCCAGAACGUGCCGCCAGACCUACUUGGGCUUUUACUCAACCUGGCCGAAUUCAUGGAGCAUGACGACAAGGCCUUGCCUAUUGAUAUUAGGGUGCUUGGUAGGGAGGCCGGCCGCUGUCAUGCAUACGCGAAAGCCCUCCAUUACAAGGAAUUAGAGUUCCUACAGGACCAGAGCGGACCAGCUGUUGAAGCCUUGAUCGUCAUAAAUAAUCAGCUCCAGCAGUACGACGCCGCGAUCGGCAUUCUUCGCAAGGCGCAGCUUUAUAAAGACGGCAUCCAGCUCAGAGAAACCUGGUUCGAGAAGUUGGAACGAUGGGAAGAGGCCUUGCAAUUUUACAACAAGAGAGAGGCUGAGAUGCCGAGAGAUCAAGCGGUUCCGCUCGAAAUCGUCAUGGGCAAGAUGCGCUGCUUGCAUGCUCUUGGAGAGUGGGAUGCCCUAGCCAGCUUAACCAGCAAUACGUGGGCGAACUCAGCGCCCGAAAUACAAAGGCGUAUUGCACCACUCGCGACCGCAGCCGCUUGGGGUCUUGGCAAAUGGGACUCGAUGGACAAUUAUCUACAGUCCAUGAAGCGAAACUCACCCGACCGCUCAUUCUUCGGUGCAAUACUAGCGUUGCAUCGCAACCAAUUCCGAGAAGCCGCUGCCUGUAUCCAACAGACGCGAGAGGGUCUCGAUACGGAACUGAGCGCGCUCGUGAGCGAGUCCUACAACCGUGCGUAUCAAGUGAUCGUCCGAGUGCAAAUGCUUGCAGAACUCGAAGAGAUCAUCGUCUAUAAACAGGCUGAUGAGAGGAAGAAGGCUACGAUGCGACGCACGUGGGAGAGCCGUCUGAAAGGAUGUCAGAGGAACGUUGAGGUAUGGCAGCGCAUGCUAAGACUCCGCGGCUUGGUUAUUAGCCCCGCGGAGAAUAUGCACAUGUGGAUUAAAUUUGCAAACCUGUGUCGAAAAUCCGGAAGGAUGGGUUUGGCGGAGAAGUCGCUCAAACAACUCAUCGGCACCGACCACCCCCUCGAGACGAUAAUACCCUACUGGAGCCAGAACGGCCCCCCUCAGCAAGGCGCGCCCGCGAGGAUUCCCCCACAAGUUGUCUACGCCGUUCUGAAAUUCUAUUGGGAGUACGGACAACAGGCGAAGCUACGCCAAACAGGCCACCCUGAGAAGACGCUAUUCUGCUUGAGGAAGUUCACGGCUGAUUCUGCACAGAGCCUUGACAUAGCUAGAGCGUCGAUACAAGCCGUGCCCAACGGAACAGACCCGAUGAGUGACUACGGCUAUCAUAACGGUACAGACGCGGGUAUGCCCAGCUCCAGAACGCAAAAGCUAAUUCAAGACCAAACGGUGCUUCUUGCAAAAUGCUUCCUGAAGCAGGGAGAGUGGCAAGUAUCCUUAAACAAACACGAUUGGCAGCACCAUAAUGUUCAGGACAUCUUAACUUCCUACUCAAAAGCCACGCAAUAUAAUCCGAAAUGGUACAAGGCAUGGCACGCGUGGGCCUUAGCCAACUUCGAAAUCGUCCAGGCUCUCACACCUCCGGCCGAUAGGAACGUCCCGAGGCCAGAUUCGACUAUCAUCAUCAACCAUGUCGUCCCUGCCGUGCAGGGUUUCUUCAAGUCUAUCGCGUUAUCAUCUGGAAGUGCCCUUCAGGAUACCCUACGUCUCCUUACUUUGUGGUUUGCGCACGGUGGCAGCAGCGAAGUCAACGCAGCCGUUACUCAAGGCUUCGGGACCGUCAGCGUUGAUACGUGGCUAGAAGUAAUUCCACAGCUCAUCGCCCGGAUCAAUCAACCUAACACGCGAGUACGCCAAUCUAUUCACAAUCUACUCGCCGAUGUCGGGCGCAAUCAUCCUCAAGCCUUAGUAUAUCCUCUAACCGUAGCGAUGAAAUCGGCCCAGAGUUCAAGGAGAUCGAAGUCGGCGGCCCUAAUUAUGGACAGCAUGCGUGCACACAGCGCCAAACUUGUAGAACAGGCCGACACGGUCAGUCACGAGCUUAUCCGUGUCGCGGUACUAUGGCACGAGCUUUGGCACGAGGGACUCGAAGAGGCCUCUCGGCUGUACUUUGGAGAUCACAACAUCGAGGGCAUGUUCACUACUCUUGGGCCAUUGCAUGAGUUACUGGAGCGAGGACCAGAGACCCUGCGCGAGAUUAGUUUCGCGCAGACCUUCGGUCGGGACCUCACCGAAGCUCGGGAGUGGUGUCGCCAAUACGAGUCUAGUCAUGAUGUGAACGAUCUCAAUCAGGCAUGGGAUCUAUAUUACCAGGUGUUCCGUCGGAUUGGGAGGCAACUGCCGCAAAUGUCGUCUCUGGAGCUUGCGUAUUGUUCUCCGAAACUGCUAGCAGCCAAGAACCUCGAUCUGGCAGUUCCCGGUCAAUACAAGAGCGGCGCCCCUAUUGUUCGCAUCCUCUCAUUCGAUACAACCUUUAGCGUGAUCAACUCCAAGCAGCGACCAAGAAAGUUAAACACUAACGGGAGCGAUGGAAUCCAAUAUUCCUUCUUAUUGAAGGGGCACGAGGAUAUUCGGCAAGACGAACGUGUCAUGCAGCUAUUUGGUUUGUGCAAUACUCUACUCGCUAACGACUCCGAGUGUUACAAACGCCAUCUUAGCAUUCAGCAAUAUCCAGCAAUACCUCUCAGCCAGAAUUCGGGACUUCUCGGCUGGGUGCCAAACAGCGACACAUUACAUGUCCUAAUUCGCGAGUAUCGGGAGAGCCGAAAGAUUCUCCUUAAUAUAGAGCACCGUAUCAUGUUACAGAUGGCACCCGACUACGACAACCUUACUCUCAUGCAAAAGGUUGAAGUCUUUGGUUACGCGCUAGACAACACGACUGGCCAAGAUCUAUACCGUGUCUUAUGGCUAAAGAGUAAGAGCUCUGAGGCCUGGCUAGAAAGGCGUACGAACUAUACGCGUAGUCUAGGUGUCAUGAGCAUGGUUGGCUACAUUCUCGGUCUCGGUGACAGGCACCCGAGCAACUUAAUGCUCGACCGCAUUACUGGGAAGAUUAUUCAUAUCGAUUUCGGUGACUGUUUCGAAGUUGCCAUGAAGCGAGAUAAAUAUCCCGAGCGCGUCCCGUUCCGUCUUACUAGAAUGCUCACAUACGCAAUGGAAGUCAGCAACAUCGAGGGUAGCUUCCGGAUUACGUGUGAGCAUGUCAUGCGCGUUCUUAGGGAGAAUAAAGAAAGUGUCAUGGCCGUCCUAGAAGCUUUUAUCCACGAUCCGUUACUUACCUGGCGUCUCACCAAUGCCGCCUCUCCUGUUGGCCCCAACUUCCGUUCCGAACGCGAAUCGUCCUUAGGUGCUGGUGCUCAGCGAACCCGUAGACCGAGUAUCCUAGAUUCCGAGCACCCGCCUUCCGAAUUUCUCGCUGCACAGCAAGCAGCCGGCGCCGUUGAUUCAGGCCAUCCCGGCGGUCCACUCGCUUCUCGCGCUAGAGCACGCACAAACUCAAGUCUGAUUAAUGGUACAGGCCAGAUGCUUGACGGCGAGAUGGCCGAGAUACAAAACGCUCGCGCAGUCGAAGUGCUAGACCGCGUGAACCAGAAGCUGACUGGCCGGGAUUUCAAGCCAACCGACGAGUUGGAUAUCUUAACACAGGUGAACAAGUUAAUCAUGGAAGCAACUAAGCUCGAAAAUCUCUGUCAGCAUUAUAUUGGUUGGUGUUCGUUCUGGUAA